AUGAUGAACUGGCUCUUUGGCAAUGCUCGCUCUGCUCAGCCAAUAGUACUCUUUGAGAAUCCCUUCAGCGUCAUCGACCUGGAGAAUGAGUCCGAGGAGCACUGUAAGAAUCGAUCUGAAGUAGAGCACAGUGGCCUCGUUCACCUGUGCUCGAACAUGAACGCGGCCUCCAACGGCGUCACCUUCUACGAGGUGCUCUUCUCGACCCAGCGGGGCAGCAGCUACGGCUUCCUUCUCUACCACAGCAUCUCACGAAAGGACGCUCAUUCAAUCUACCAGAGCGCCAAGUCGGCCAUCAACACACUGCACCAGUGGAUUCCCUCACAUCGACUGCAGCUGUACGAACAGCUGCAGGCCAUCAUGGGCUGCCUGAAGGUGAACCGCCACUGGAACAGCGCCCACAUCGCCGCCAGUCUCAGCCCCACCUACGACGGCUACUUCACCUCUGAGGGGAUCACCGCGGAGGUGCUCAACGCCCAGGCCAAUCCGGACAAGUACACGCCACUGCACCUGGCCAUCAAGAAGGAGAACCUCAGCACCGUCCGACUGAUACUCGCCCUCGGGCCUGACCUCAAUCUGGUGAACGUGAGGAAGCACUCGGUGCUGCACUACGCCGCCAUGGCCACCAAGGAGAUCGCCUCGCUGGUUCUCAACCAGGAGGACAUGUUCGGGCGCAUCCUCUGGACGGACAACAAAGGCAGCACCGCUCUCCACCUCGCCUGCGUCGGCCAAAAGUACGACAUUGUCAUUGAGUUCCUCAAGUUCGGGCUGACCGUUCGAAUGCUGACCCUCUCACCGCCGAGCAGUCGCCAUGGCAGCGGCAUCAGGCGAAGCAGCAGCAGUCGCACCUCACUGGACAAGAGUCCCCGAAUGCAGAAGAUAGUGCACUUCUCGGAGCAGGACCUGGAGGACAUUGACUUUCAGGACAUCAGCGUCGCCGGCACCCCGCUGCACUGGACCAAACACAAGCGACUGAUGGUGAAACUGCUGCGCUACAGCUUUCCCUUGAACUCUCGCAACUUCACCGGCGACACGGCGCUGGCGGUCGCCUCGAAGCGCCUUCGCCUGAAGUGCGUCAUCGCCCUGCUCUGUGCGGGCGCCAACGUCAACGCGACCAACGUCUUUGGGAACACGCCGUUGCACCUAAGCGUCCGUGAGAACGACAUUGCCGUGUCGCAGACGCUCAUUGUCUUCGACGCUGAUCUCAACGCGGAGAACAACAAUCACCAGUCGGUGCGCCACGUGGCCGCCAAGUCAAGCACCUCGGAGGCCAUUCUCUACCUGAUCUCGGCGCUGGGCGCCAAGCGCUGCCCGCCACCAGGAGGGGACAGGGAGGCCUGCGAGAAUGGCUGCAGCUCAACGGGCGACUUUGAGGGAAACGUCAAUGAGAAGCUCUUUGGCAUCGAGAAAAAGUACGAUCUGUUGUUCAAAGAGUUUCUCUUCAGUGACAUUCUCCAAGAGAAGGAACGUCGCACUAGUGAGCAAAUGGUGGCGGAGAAGGGAGUGAACAUGCUGUGUCUGGACGGCGGCGGCAUCAAAGGUCUCAUCUCACUGCAGAUGCUCAAGGAGGUGGAGAAGCAGCUGAAGCACCCGCUGAACGCAUACUUUAAGUGGUUCGCCGGCACCAGCACCGGUUCAUUCAUCUGCACCUUUCUCGCCAUGGGCAAGAGCAUCGACGAAAUUCGCGGCAUAUACUUUCGCUUCAAGGAAAAGGUGCUCACCGGCGAUAAGCCGUACUCCUCAGAGGCACUGGAGUCAGUGAUCAAGGAGGUGGCCGGCACGAAGAUGCAGAUGAAGGACAUCAUGAAGAAGCACGGCAAGUACCUCAUUGUGCCCACGGUCAUUGCCAACCGACGACCUAUGAAGCUGCACAAGUUCCGCAGCUAUCCCUCGGUGGUGGAGAUAAUGGCAGAAAGCGGUAACAAGCACCUCAUCGAUCAGCUGCUGCCUGACCACGAUAAGGACCUGCAUAACUACCGCAAGUACGAGAGCCGAAACAUGCAUGUGUGGGAGGCGUGUCGAGCCAGUGGAGCUGCGCCCAUCUACUUCCGCGCCUAUGGCAACUUCAUUGACGGCGGUCUGAUUGCCAACAACCCCACCAUGGAGGCAAUGACGGAGUUUGAGAUGACCAAUGCAGCACUGCGUGCAGUCGGCAAGGGCGACCAGUGUCAGAGCCUCGACCUGGUGCUCUCCAUUGGCACUGGAAAGGGCCCUCUCGAGGUCAGCGAAAUGGUGGACAUUGAGAAGAUAUACUCACUUUCCACGGUGCCCAAGUACAUCACCAUGGUGGUGAAUUUGGUCUACGAGGCCUGUCAAACGGAGCAGCACGUUACUGAGCGAGUGGAAGCUUUCUGCAAAGCGGCCAAGGUGCCUUACUUCCGCAUAAACUCUUUCAUCAGUGAUCUGAUGGAGCUGGAUGAGCCGCAGGACAGUCGCAUCAUCAACUGUCUCUGGGAGACGAAGCGUUUCAUGUACUACCGUCGAGAUCAGGUGAAG